UCGAAAAAGCGACUCACAUCCACGAAUUGUCAAGUAACAAUCGCACUAUUCAACGAUAUAACAUUUCGAAAAAGUUAUUUCAAUACGAAGAGGACGAAGCAAGAAGUUCCAUUUGUUUUACAAUCCCUCGUACUCUCCGUCGUCACGACUUGCUUCGAAAGGGAGUUAAUAUGGCUCUACCUAGCAGAAGGACAUCACGAAAGCGACUUCGCGUCGUCGUGCUCGGCAUACUGUGCGCUUCGAACGGUCAGGGGGUUCUCGGCUUUUUAAGCAUCGGCAGCAAGUCGUCGUUGCGGUACCUUACAACUCCUCCUCCCAGCCGGAGUGGCUCGGUGUCCUUGUUCGCAAUAUCUUCCUCCCAACGACGGACAACUACUAAUAAAGGUUCCGCAACCGACGCUACCCCUCAGUUUCUCCCACGCAUCACGCACGAAGAAAUGAUGACGCUCCUCUCGCAUACGGUGGAACUCCGUCGUAUCAAGCAAAUCGAAGCUGAUCUUGCUUUGACGUAUCCAUCUUCCCGGAAACCCACUACUCUCGCGGUCGCUCGCAAAGCCGGCUACGCCGACGACUUGGAGGCGUACGAAGCCACCAUUGACCUGGGCUACGCUUCCCGCGAGACGAUGGUCACACGCAACAUGGGUCUCGUGCACUUUUGCGCGAACGAUAUUGUUGGCACACAGGCACGGCCGUCCCGAUUGCAAACGCUCAGCCGCGAAGACUUGAUCCAGGAAGGAGCCAUUGGUUUGGCCCGCGCAGUAGAUCGCUGGAAUCCCGAAAUCGGCGGAAAGUUUUCAACCUACGCCGUGUACUGGGUACGGGCUGCCAUACUACGGUGCAUUGCGGAACGAGACGACCUUGUUCGGGUUCCGGAGCACGUAUCGGCCGCGGUCCGCAAAAUUUCGCGAGCAGCCCGGCAACUCGGGAUUGAUAUCGAUGGAAAUGACUUGAUUUCGUCCGUGUACAGCAAAGACGCGAGUUGGAAAGAGGCGCAAGCUGCCAAAGCGCUGGCGGAGGAAGCUGGCUUGACGCCGCGGCAAGUCUCGGAGGCCAUCAAAGUAAAGGCACGGAGACGUGGAGGUAUGUUGUCCUUCGAGGCUUGGAUGCAGCAAGGACAAGAUUUUGCGACGGAUUUGACCCCCGUCGUUGCGGACGACAACCCUUUGGCGUCCCUGGAAACGGAACAGCUGAAAUCGACGCUUUCGAAGUUUCUUAGACCUAAAGAAAUGGAAGCGCUGAGCUGGCGCUACGGCCUGCAGCGAGACUAUGUGGCGGAGGCCGAAGAGGAGCUGUUCGGCCGUAGUCCGCGGGCCCCCAUCACAGUGAAAGGUCGAUGGGGCGAAGCAAUGAGUUUCACUGAAGUGGGUAAGAAAAUGAAGGUGUCGGCCGAAUACGGCCGCCGACUAUGUCACAAGGCAUUGAAUAAGCUACGAGUGGCCGCGGAAGAAGGCAUGCUAGAACCAGCUCUUCUUCUGUGA